CGCGCGGGCGGCGGGCACCUCGGUCCCGGCUGCUGCGGACCCUGAGCGGACGGAGGCGGCUGGCCGCGGCAGCUGAGGCAGCGCGACGCGGACCAGGUGGAGGGAGGGGCCGCCGGUGCACACCCGCCCGCCAUGAAGCCCCCCGCAGCCUGUGCAGGAGAUGCCCUGGACACAGCGGCCCCGUGCUCCGUGGUGAACUACCUAAGAUGGGACCUGAGCGCCCAGCAAAUAGGGGAGCUCACUGUGGAGCUCAUUGAGCAAACUAAGCGUGUAUAUGACCAGGUGGGCUCCCAGAAGUUUGAAGACGUGUCCUAUGAGAGUACCCUCAAGGCGCUGGCUGAUGUGGAGGUGUCCUACACAGUUCAGAGGAAUAUCCUUGACUUCCCGCAGCACGUUUCUCCAUCUAAGGACAUUCGGAUGGCCAGCACAGAGGCGGACAAAAAGCUGUCUGAGUUUGAUGUGGAGAUGAGCAUGAGGCAGGAUGUGUAUCAGAGGAUUGUCUGGCUGCAGGAGAAAGUUCAGAAGGACUCGCUGAGGCCAGAGGCCAUGCGGUACCUGGAGCGACUGAUCAAGCUGGGCAGGAGGAACGGGCUGCACCUGCCCGAGGACACUCAGCAAAAAAUCAAGAACAUUAAGAAGAAGCUGAGCCUUCUGUGCAUCGACUUCAACAAGAACCUGAACGAGGACACGACCUUCCUGCCACUCACGCGAGAAGAGCUGGGAGGCCUCCCGGAGGACUUUUUGAACUCGCUGGAGAAGGCUGGGGAUGACAAGUUGAAAGUCACCCUCAAGUACCCACAUUAUUUUCCCCUCCUGAAGAAAUGCCACGUGCCUGAGACCAGGAGGAAGGUGGAGGAGGCCUUCAACUGUCGCUGCAAGCAGUGGCGUUGCUGGGGCUUGAGCUGGGGUCUGCAGACGCGCCCUCCCCUUUUCUGUGUCUUGUGUGGUGGCCUGGGCCCUCUAACUGCGGCCUGGGGCGUGUCUUCAGUGCACAGACAUCCAUUCCCACACAGACGCUUGUGUUUGUGUCCACGCCGCGGUGUGGCCUCGCUUCUGGAGAAUUGUGCGAUCCUCAGAGAGCUGGUGACCCUCCGGGCCCAGAAGUCCAGCCUGCUGGGAUUCAGCACGCAUGCCGACUACGUCCUGGAGAUGAACAUGGCUAAGAGCAGCCAGGUGGUGGCCACUUUCCUAGAUGAGCUGGCCCGGAAGCUGAAGCCCCUGGGGGAGCAGGAGCGGGCCGUGAUCCUGGAGCUGAAGAAGGCCGAGUGCGAGAAGCGGGGCCUGGACUUCGACGGGCGCAUCAACGCCUGGGACAUGCGCUACUACAUGAACCAGGUGGAGGAGACCCACUACAGUGUGGACCAGAACCUGCUCAAGGAGUAUUUCCCCAUGCAGGUGGUCACCAAGGGCUUGCUCAGCAUCUACCAGGAGCUGCUGGGGCUGACCUUCGACCUGGAGGAGAGCGCCACCGUGUGGCACGAGGACGUGAAGCUGUACUCUGUGAGGGACUCGGCCUCAGGGAAGGUCAUUGGGAAAUUCUACCUGGACCUCUACCCAAGGGAAGGGAAAUACGGGCACGCGGCUUGCUUCGGCUUGCAGCCAGGUUGCCUGCGGCACGAUGGGACCCGUCAGAUCGCCAUCGCGGCCAUGGUGGCCAACUUCACCAAGCCUACCCCGGAUGCCCCCUCCCUGCUGCAGCACGACGAGGUGGAGACCUACUUCCACGAGUUCGGGCACGUGAUGCACCAGCUCUGCUCUCAGGCGGAGUUUGCCAUGUUUAGUGGGACACACGUGGAGCGGGACUUCGUGGAGGCACCUUCUCAGAUGCUGGAGAACUGGGUGUGGGAGAAGGAGCCGCUGCUCAGGAUGUCCCAGCACUACAAGACGGGCAGCGCCAUCCCCCAGGAGCUGCUGGAGAAGCUCAUCCAGUCUCGGCAGGCCAACACAGGUCUCUUCAACCUGCGCCAGAUCGUGCUGGCCAAGGUGGAUCAGGCCCUGCACAGCCAGAUGGCUGCAGACCCCGCGGAGGAGUACGCCCGCCUCUGCCAGGAGAUCCUCGGGGUCCCAGCCACGCCAGGGACCAACAUGCCUGCGACCUUCGGCCACCUGGCAGGUGGCUAUGAUGCCCAGUACUACGGCUACUUGUGGAGCGAGGUGUACUCCAUGGACAUGUUCCACACGCGCUUCAAGCAGGAGGGCAUCCUCAACAGCAAGCAGGUUGGCAUGGACUACAGAAGCUGCAUCCUGAGGCCCGGUGGUUCCCAGGAUGCCAGCGUCAUGCUGAAGCUCUUCCUGGGCCGAGACCCCAAGCAGGACGCCUUCCUCCUGAGCAAAGGCCUGCAGGUGGACAGCAGCGAGCCACCAGCCUGCUGACGCACCAGAGCCCUGCCAGCCCGGGCCCCAGCCCCACCCCGGCUCCUGCCGCCCUGUUGCUUUAGCCCCCAGUCGGGAAACGGGGCGGCCUGCAGCUCAGGACGGGGGGGGGGGGCAGGGUGAGGAGAGGGGGUGUUCAUUCCUCCUGUCCAGUCUCCUCGGUGGUCGGCCUGGGCUGGUGGGGUCUUAUCCUCGAGAUGCCUGGGAAACUUUGUGUCCAGUCAGGCCCGCCGAUUUGUUGCACUAAUCCAUCCCCUUCUUGGGAAGUUUUCUGAGUGAAAAGACGGUGGUUCUUUGAAAU